AUGAUUGCCUUCCUCCCUGAUAUUGGUCUUCAACGAGCACUUUUGCGAGUGCUCCAGGGUCAAGGGGCGCCCAGGUUACCUCCAGAAUUGCGGCAAGAAGGACAGGCUAGUCGUCGGGCCCGCGAGCCGCUUGUUGCCCCACCAGUUUGGGCGAAGCAAGUCGUUAGCCUGCUGCAGUGUUGUCGGACAUGUGGUC